AUGACGGUUAUUGAACGACUAAAUACUAAAAAAAACGAGUUUCAAAAUCAGCAUGAUUCCUUGGCCUAUUCCAGUGUGCCAAAAAGUAUUCUAAAAAAGAAAAUAGAAAUACUUGAUGAGUUAAUUGCCGCUUACCAUUCAACUGCUUCUCUUGCUAGUUUAUCAGAAACCGAAAAAAUUCUCAAUCAGCAAAUAGGAUUUGAAGAACCAAAGCAACAGGUUUUGAAUAGUUUGAAGAUUAAAAAUUAUUGCGAACAAAAUGACUUUCAAAGGAGUCCGCUGGUCUUAUUUCUAGUUGGAUCUCCUGGAGUAGGGAAGACCACCUUGGCUCAAAUCUUAGCCCAGGCUUUAAAAAAAGAAUUCUUUAUGGUGGCACUGGGAGGGAUGUCGGAUAGUUCUCUGCUGUUAGGAAAUAACGAAAGUUACUUAGGAACUAAUGGAGUGGGACAAUUAACUAAGGCUUUAAUUGAAACCAAAACUCACGAUCCGCUAAUUUUGCUGGAUGAAUUUGAUAAGGUCAGUGCUUACAAAGGUAAUUCGGCGAUUCAUAAUUGUUUAAAUGCGGUUUUGGAUCCGGUGCAAAAUAAGGAAAUCCUUGAUUAUUAUCUGGAUGUUAAAUUGGACUUUUCUCACAUAACUUUUAUCAUUACCGUUAAUGACCGGAGUGAAAUUCCAAAACAUUUGUUGUCAAGGAUGCCGGCGGUGGUUGAAUUGCCAGGUUAUACUCUGGAACAAAAGAAAGAAAUUGCUCAGCAGUUUAUUAAAAAUUUUUUUGCUGGUAAGGAAAGUUUAAAAACUAAAUUUGAAAUUACUUCUCAGGCUCUCGAAGUUUUAAUUAAUAAAACUAAGGAAAAAGGCGUUCGGCAAUUAAAAAAAGGACUUGAUACAGAAGAGUUUGGACAAGGAAAGCCAGAAAGUAAAAUAACCAUUGAUUCUGAAGUAGCGAAUCUGCGAGGAGAAAAAAAUAAUCAAACUGAAUUAAAAGUAGUUAGGUUUAAUUCCUUACUGGUGUUGCGGCAAGUUAGAGGACAAUUUGCUGAAAAAGAGUACCAAGAUUACGAGGGGAAAAUAAAUACUGCUACUUCGCGAGAAGAAAUUGAGGUCAUUGUAAAAGAAUUUUUGCUAAAAGUCAAGCAAAAAAAUAUCUCUUCAAAACCUACCAGGGAGAAUGGAAACAAAGGAAUUCAAGCUGAAUUGGCAAAAAUUAAAGACUUAAACAAGAUUUUGGAGGGAAAAUUAAAACUUUUUGAUGAUGAACUAAAGAAACUGAAAGGAGCCACUAAAACUUCGCGGGGUCAAGGAAAUGAGGUUAAAACUUUAUUAAUAAUAGCGGUUAUUAUAGCUACUUUAAAAAAAUAUUUUAAUAAUCCCAAUUUGGCACCGGCUCGCAAUUUAGUUAAUUGUCAACGAGUAAUUCGCACCGAUGACUUAGCAAAUAUUAAUGCUCACUCUUAUCACCAAACUUUAUUUGAAAUGCUGGGGGAUUUCUCAAUUGAAUGGUUUACUUCACCCCAGUGGUUAAAUAUGAACUCGCAAAACCUUUUUAUUACCGUGUGGGAAAAUGAUAAAGUUAAUAUGGGUGAUGGUCCUUGUGGUGCUAACACCGAAAUUUAUUUUGACUUUCAUCCAGAAAGUGGUUUACCAAAAAAGAUUGAGGAUUUAGAUAAUAAACGAUUUAUUGAAAUUUGUAAUAUUGUGUUCCCGGAAUUUUAUCAUAAGGGUGAGGAAUAUUUGCCCUUAGCGGAAAAAUGUGUGGAUACCGGAGCCGGAUUAGAACGAAUUACGAUGUUAACAAAAAAUAAAUAUUAUGGGAAAAAGAUAGGAGAGAACAAACCUCAGCCUCCCCUUUCUAAUCAGACCCCCGAACAAAGAAUCGCCACUAUCCAAAACCAGUUAGCGACAGUAAAAAAACAACUCGCUAAGGAAACUAACUCAGACCAAAAAACCAAGUUAGAAACCAAAAUUAAACAGUUAGAGCAAGAAGUAGUUAAUUUAAAAAAUCAACAAAAUCCUACUCCCCCAACUCCUCCGAAUAAUCCACCUUCUCCUCCAAUCCCUCCGAAUAAUCCAGAUGAUCCGCAACCAAACAAUAAUAAAAAGCAAGAAAGAGUUUUAUUUAUUAGCAGUAAUGAGCCAAGUGGCUAUGUUUUUACUAAUCGUUUAAGGAAUGGGAGGCGAGGAGGAGAAAGUAAUGCAAGUUUUUACGUUAGCAAAAACCACCCUAGAAUUAAGGAAUUAUUAAGAGAGGGGAAGUUGCGGGAGGAAGGAGAAGAAUUUAUUAUUCGUUAUGGAAAAAUCGAUGAAGUAUGA